CUUGCCAAACAAACCAGAGUGUACUGGGCACACGCAGGCUGCAUACUGACAGCAGGGAUCGACACAAACAUGUUGAUUAAAACAAAUUGGGCAUCGUCAACAUGAAGAACAUUGGAAAACGGAGCCUUCAGAAUAAGAUCAGAAAGAUGUAAACACGCCCAUAAUCUCGAUGUUUACGACGAAACUUAGAAGAUACAGUUCCUGCAUGUGGGACCCUACUGGUGAACUGAUGUAGAGUGCUCUGUGAAUAGUUUCUAAAGAUGGGGAGCGGAAUUCAGGAACAACGAGCACCGCUUACUCAAGGAGAGGUGCUGCCACGUGCAUCCUCUUCCACCUCUGAGAGCUUGAAGCAGACCCGCUCUGUGCUCAAUUCUCUCUUCUCUGGGGCCUUGGCUGGGGCAGUGGCCAAAACUGCAGUGGCCCCCUUGGACAGAACAAAAAUCAUCUUCCAAGUGUCUUCAGCAAGAUUUUCUGCCAAGGAGGCCUAUAGGUUGAUUUACCGCACUUACCGUAAGGAUGGCUUCUUCAGUUUGUGGAGAGGAAACUCUGCCACUAUGGUACGAGUCAUCCCAUAUGCUGCCAUUCAGUUCUGUGCACAUGAGCAGUACAAGAUACUGCUGGGAGGAUAUUAUGGUUUUCAGGGCAAAGUUCUACCUCCAAUUCAAAGGUUCUUUGCUGGGUCACUGGCUGGGACGACUGCUGCUAUGCUAACAUAUCCCCUGGACAUGGUGCGUGCCAGAAUGGCAGUAACACCAAAAGAGAUGUACAGUAACAUCUUACAUGUGUUUGUACGUAUAUCCCGAGAAGAGGGCUUGAAAACAUUGUAUCGAGGCUUUACCCCCACGUUGCUGGGAGUUGUGCCAUACGCUGGCCUGAGUUUCUUCACCUAUGAAACACUAAAAAAGUUACAUGCAGAGCGCAGCGGGCGGGCUCAGCCUUACUCUUAUGAGCGCCUGGCCUUUGGGGCAUGUGCGGGUUUGAUCGGACAGUCUGCCUCUUACCCUCUGGAUGUGGUCCGAAGGCGCAUGCAGACAGCAGGAGUCACUGGGCACACCUACGGCACCAUCCUGAGCACAAUGAGGGAGAUAGUGGCUGAGGAGGGUGUCGUCCGAGGACUCUACAAAGGUCUCAGUAUGAACUGGGUCAAGGGUCCCAUAGCAGUAGGGAUAAGCUUCACUACUUUUGAUUUAACCCAGAUUCUUUUGAGAAAGCUCCAUCAAAUGGGUUACACAAGUCGAUAAUAAUGAGUAAAGGGAAACAAGGUGAAGGGAGUCGAUUCACACUGAGUUUCUUUUGACUGGGAACUUUGAACCGAUACAAAGCACAUAUUGGCUCAGGAGGAGUGGAUACUUUUAGUCUAUUCUCUCACUCACUUUCUCAUUGAGUACAAAGGGAUUGUUCCCUAUAAAUGUGAGAACUGGACAUGGUACAGAAUAUCUGUACGCAAGUGCAAUAUGCCAAAGUAAAAAUUACACACACAUGUCUGGGAGUCUACUGCACACCUUUGGUCAUCAGAGAUUUUAAUGUCCGCUGCCUUGUACAGAACAAUACUACAUGAGUAUUAACGUUAUUUAUGAGUGAUAAAAUGCUUAACCAUGCACACUGGUAACAACAUUGCUAUUGUAUUGUUGUGAUAAUGCCGCAGAAUACAAGAGUUGUAUUGUAUUUUAUGUGCCAUUUUUUGCAAAGUGUGAAAUUUUUACCAUAGAUUAAGUAUAUUCAGCAACAGCUUAGUUGAGGUAUCAGGGGUUACUGUGUAAAUUCAUGAAUUAAUCUGUGGUAUUCUUAAUUUAAAGGUGAUACAGUUACACUAAAGUUCUUCCAUUAUCCGAGCUGCUUCUUUUAACAUGGUAGUUUUGAGAAUAGACUCUCACAUGGACUAGUCUGACUGACAGUACAGAGACAGUGGAAUCACUGUGUAGCAUUUUACCUCACUGUCUGUAUCUGGACAGACAUGUAUCUGUUUCUCACAAGGAAAUGCAUUUUGUAAAGCAAAACUUUGUUGAUGGACUUUGGAGCCAGUGAAGUGUCAAUAGUCUCUAUAAUUAGGUAGAACAGAUUGGAGGCUGAGCUGAAUGAGCAGCUGGGAGCAUAGUUGAGUGGAGCAGAAGCCACUGAAGAAUGUAUGACAAUAAAAGCACAUCUCCGGCCCAGCAGCUGAAAAAUCCAAGGGCAUGUUGACAUUUUAGUGCUGUCGACAAACGCAGAUCCUGAAAUCUAUUAUUUUUAAUUUGCUUCAUUGGUGUCCAAAACGUUUGUUUUCUGUUUUAUAACUGUAUGUUUGGAUUGAUGUUAUACACUGGCACAAACCACCAGCACAGCAUGUUAUUGGUAGAAUGUGGACACACAGAGCUGUCAAGUACCAUCUUAUUUCUCACAUUUGUCCUGGACUCAUUGUUAUUAGCCCUGUAUAGCUGACUGUACUGUUUCAACAGAUGGAUUAGCCUGAGUUUAUAUUGUUUUAAAAACUUCAAUUUAAACAAGAGGAAAUGGAGUAACAAUCGACAUUGUUCCAAUAGGAGCCCAGAGAUGUGCUGCUGUAAAGUUAUGUGCUGAAUUAACUUUUACUCUUAAGUGCCUAAUGAGAAAAACUAAAAUGUUUUACUGUGACUGAGCUACUCACAAAAGUGUUUCCUUUUUUACAUUUAGGCUACAGGUUAAUGUAGUUUUUAAUCUUAGAUUAUUGACCGAAUGUCUGAAAUCAGGUGAAUUUAAAUGCACAACAACUGCCUUUCAAUGUAUUGCUGCAUUUUAAAAAAAGAUUAUCAAGUGGCCUCUAAGGCCUUAAGAAACUAUUGUUUUUUUGUUUGUUUUUUCUUCUAAAGUGUGAAAAACAAUCAUGCAAGUAAUGCCAAAACCUAUGUCGAAUCUAAACUUGCUCCAAAUGACUCCCUAAAUCUACAUGAAAGCAUAAUUUAAUGAAAUGAUUUGCACAUGACAGAUGCAAGUGUUGUAGUGUGGGGGCUGUCUAUCGUCUCCUUGACUGUUUGCAUGUUCAGUGAAUUGUGUUUUGUUUUAGUGAAGCAUUUGCGCCAAGUGAAUGUACUAAACCUCAUCUAUGAGCGGGUUUACUGAAUAAAUGUAGAGUUUAUAUAACCCAACGUUGUAUAUUAUCAAGACUUUUUACUCUGUACAAGAACAGCAGGAGAAUAAACGUAGCUUAAAAAAAAGACCUAAAUCUAAAUAUAUAACGUCCAUGAGGAGCCUGAUGGUUUGUUCUGCUCAUCUGCAGGCGCCACAUGGAAGAUAAAGAAAAGACACAACCACACGAGGGCGCCAUGGUCAAAUAAAUGGACCCAAAUGGUUAAUUUCUCUGUUGACAGUAGAGGGCGCUAUAGGACAGUAUUGAAUACUGUGAGGGCCAGAUGGGGCAAAGAGGGUCCACAAAACACGACCACAGCGCAUUGAACUUGACCGUGACCGCUACGGCAUUCAAGAAAAUAACGUUUUAUUCAAUUAUAAUAGAAAUAAUUAUUAAUGAGCGUAAUAUGCUGUGCCUACAGCCUGAGUAAAAUUACAUUUAGAUUUAAAAUGAUGAAUUAUUCUAGGCUUGUAUGUCUUGAGUAGCUUAUUAUUAUUAUAUCUGACACUAAGGCCGUCGUUUUUAUUUUAAAAUUUCACCGACUACAUUGUUUUAUUUUAUGAUUACACUGAAAAUAAAACAUGGUCUAGCUUCUUUGUGUGAUGAAUUCUGGGAACGUGGCAAAAAGAGGAGAGAAAAGAGCAGGAAAGAAAGGAGCUAUAGGGAAGAUAGAGGUCUAAUUAGAGUGUGAAGGAGGGAGGGAGGAGGCUGUUAGAAGAUGUGGUUGCUAUAGAUACUUGGCACGAUGCCAGGUGGAGGCACAGCCAAUUUACAUUUAUUCAGAUGGAGGCUCCUCUCUCCCGCUCUUUUUCAUUACAAAACAAUAGGCUAUAUGACUGACGCUUUAAAUAUAUUUUUAAAUGUUUAUAAAAUCGAUUUGAUUCAAUUUAAAGCCAUGAUAUUUCCCAGAGUUAAACAGAGUUCUACAGGCCUGUGUCUGUAGCAAAAGGAUUUGACAAGAAUUGUGUUCUCUGUACAAGUUU